AUGUGUCAAGGUGUUACUCUACGAUGGCAAUGUUCACGUUGCCGCGGCGUCGUUCUGCUUGACAACACCAAGUACAGGCAGGCGUGUCCACAGGCGCGGGCUCGGAAUGGCGUUUGUGGCCAUGACCGCACGAGAUGGUCUGUUCGCCGUCUUCAAGCAGGCACUGAUAUAAAUCCGCGUGAGAGUCUGACUGAUCCUAGGAAGGGGAGUGGUCUCCUCAGAUGGAACGAGUUCCACUGUAUCCAAUGCGAGCUACACUAUGAAAUUUUGAGGCUGAAUAUCCAUGCCGACAGCCCUGAGCUGGAGCUGGACGCAGGGGUGGGCGAGAUGGGUGACGAAUCUGACGAAUACGAGCCUCUGGUCGCUUGGAGCACCGCAAAUCAGAGGGAAGUCGAGCAAUCGAGCGAUGCCUCUACAGUCCGCAAUCCCCUGAGAUGGUUCCCGCUUCUACCCUCGGACGGACCCUCGGAUAUGAAAAGCAACUUUGUCGCCGAGAUUUUCCCACAAAGCGGUGAGUUUUCCGACACUUGGCUUCGCGGAAGUGACAGCACUCAAGAACAAGUAUCAGAGGAGGAUGAGGAGGAGAGCAGUGACGAUGAUGAGGAAGGAGGCGUAUCUCUGUCUGCAAUCUACGACAGUGAUGACGAAGACUGA